AUGUGUGGGGUGUCUUCCAUUCGAGCUGAGCUAAUCCUCGAUGGGCCGGAACAGCUACCUCCAUGUCAGGUUCUAUGGUUCUACUCCGGACUCGCCGAAGUCGCCUCCCUACGCUCUGACAUGAUUGCCGGUAAUGCCCAAGAGAUCUUUGAUUCGAAGCACAUGGAACUGACCAGCUCGCCAAAUCUGUCAAAUUUUGAGCGCGGAUGA